ACAGAAAGAAAUAGAUACAAGAUUGCACGUCUGACAAAUGCAAUUUCAAACCCUAGGUUUUCACGAACCCUAGAAAACUGCUCGAUCAUCGUCGAAAUUGGACAGAUCUUCGUCGAAAUCCGUCCGUCUAAUGCAACGACAGGAUGCGGCUCCCUCUGCCCCGAUAGUAAUGACGGCGGCAGCGGCAGCGGCGAGCCCUUCCGACGAGGAGCCUACCUCAAUCUUCGAUCUCUACAAGAUCGAUCUCGUCCCUUCGGAGCUGUUCUUGAAGUUCCGGAAGGAGAUCGAGGGAUUCCGUGCCGGAGUCAAUCUGGAGUUCUAUAAUUUCCAGGGCAAUGAUUACCGGGCAAAGCUGGUUUUAAAGCCUCUAACUCCCGAUCGCAGAUGGAAGUUCAUAUACGAGCCUCUACAUGGAGAUAUACGACUUCUCUCGAAUAAGAUUUCCUUAACCAAAUAUCUUAAUCUUCAGGUUGGGAUAGGCCACAGUUUCCCUUGCAAUGCAAUUGGGUGGACUUGGAAACUUUCAACAUGCCUGGGUGGCGAUGGCGUUUCACAGAUCCGAAACAAGUCAUCAAUCGGCUUGUUCCCAGGAUUCGACCUGCGGAUUGGUUGGAGGGCUGACUACAUCCUGCCUGCGAUCAAUGGGGCCCUGGGCACUGGUGAGCCAGUUGUCAGCAUGAACUAUGGGCGCUUGCAAGCAUCCUUAGAUCGAGUGGAGGCCAUCGUCACAACAUGAUUGUACAUCUGUCUCAGGCUGAAUUCCUUGUUUCUACAGUUUCCAGUUUAAGGAAUGGUAAUUUAUAGGGCACCCCAGCCGAACACUCAUGCCAAUGCAGUCUAUGUGUCUGAGAUUGUAGACACAUUUGUACGGCAACUUUCAUUUAUCAGGCGGCCAAACAUACAAAGAAAUGGGUGGUUGGGAAAAUGGUAGCCAACAGUCUUGCCUUCAA